AGCCCGUUUUCAAACAGGGGAAUCGGCCCAAGUGCCAGGCCAAUGGUGGGGAGCGACCAGUAGUAUAUAAACCCGUAUAAGGCCCCCACUCGGUCAGAAAACACUCAGAUCAACUCGGCACUCCGAGCUAGAGAGUACCCUGUUCUCCAAGUAAUCUUGCGAGUUUUAAUAUUUUUUUCCAAUUUUGUGAUAACGAGUGACAAGUGACAGUUUUCUAUUUGAAAAAAAAUGGCACCACACACUACAAGUUACGCUGCUGUUGGAGCUGGUAUGGAGUACGAAGAACCUGUGUCGCGGACUUAUCAGUACCGCAAAGUGAUGAAACCAAUGUUGGAGAGAAAAAGACGUGCUCGUAUCAAUCGUUGCCUAGAUGAGCUCAAGGAUCUCAUGGUCAACGCACUUCAAGCUGAAGGAGAAAACGUUGCUAAACUGGAGAAAGCUGACAUCCUCGAAUUGACAGUUCGUCAUCUUCACACUCUCAGAGCUGCUAGAAGACUUACUCUUACACCUGAGAAUACAUACGUUGACAGAUUCCGUGAAGGAUUUACUCAAUGUGCUCAAGAAGUAUCAACAUUCUUAUCAACUCCAGUUGCUGCUGCUGUACAUCCUGCUGCUGGUGCUCAGCUGAUGCGUCAUCUUGGAGGAUGUCUUCGCAGAUUAGAAGGAUCAACAAAUCCAUCAACUCUCCAUCAAUCAUCACCAACGACCAAGGUUCCGGUCAACAUGCCUCAAAAUGUCUACACACCACCUCAAAGUCCCAUGAGCGUUGCCAGUUUAUCUGGGGAUUCAACCGAGACUGCAGCUGUUUGGCGCCCAUGGUGAAGCUGUUUGUUUUAAACAUAUGACUGGAACAUGUCACUGAUAUUUAAAUCGUCGACUGGGGACUGGCCUGUUGGACACUCGCCCGUCGGAUCCUGCUACAGAUCACAUGAGAGAGGAGCAGAAAAAAAUAUUUACGACAAAUCAAUGUCUUCCAAUUUAAUUGUAAUUCUUUUUGGCAAUCGCGAUUUAUCAUUUACUAUUAUUAGAAUCGCAUUAUAAUUAACAAAAUAAUGAAUAUUUUCUUGUUAACUUGAUUAAUUAGUUGAAUAAUUUAAAGAAAAAAAUAUUGUAUGGGUGAUGAAGCUUUAAGUAAUGUCUGUGAUAAGGUUUUUUCGUACCUGAGAUUACUAUUUUCUCAUAUAAAAUAAUAAUAACUUUUAUUAUUAUAAAGUAAUACAAAAGUUAAUUUGUUAUGUUUAAGAUGCAUUUUAAGCCUUACCACAU